AGUCUACAUCUAAUUCUAUUGAGACCAAUUAGCCAUAGCAGGAAGAGAUGGAAUUAAAUUGGGUUGCAUUUACUUUAUGCAUAAGUCUGAUCCUGAUCAAAAGCGAAUCCUCUUUCGCAACUACAGCGACGAAAAAUGAAAUCUGCAAAGCAUCAAGGAGAGAGGAGGAACAAUGCGGAUCAUAUGCCUAUAAGGCCAUCAAACCACUGCUCAUCUACAUGGAAUUGAUGAGGACAGAAGUGGAGAACUAUGAUAAUAUAACAUCCAUUAAGAAUAGGGAAAUUAAAGGCCUUCAAAUGAAGAUAUCCCAAUAUAAAUCAGAUUCAAUAAAGAAUUUGAGAGAGCAGAUUAUUGCUGGAUUGAGGGAACAGAUCAUCAGCAAGGACAAUGAAUUAAAGCAGUUACAGCAAAAUGUAUAUGAAACUAUCAUUCAGGAACUGAGAAACAGAACAGCAAGGCAGGACUCUGAAAUCAAGGAGUUGCAGAAGAAACUAGUUAAUCAAUAUGAAAAUGUCGCCUUCAUACAGGAAUUGAGAAAUCAGAUAGAUUUAUACAAGAAUAACAAUGACAAUUUGCAAUCAAUCAGGAAUGAAUUAAAUAAGCUCAAUUCACUAAAAUAUGAGGAAUGCACAAGUGAUUUAAUCUCCAAACAAAAACUUCAAAUCGAAAGCGAUGCAAUCAAAUUGCUGGAGUUGCAGAUACAGUUGGAGGAAGAUAAGAAAACCAUUGAGGAAAAGGAUCAAGAAAUAUCCAAAUUACAAAACGAUGUCAACAAAAAAAGUGGCUUAAAUGACAAUCCCUUUGUUGGUUGCACAUCUUUUGGAGAUGUUACGGAUGUUCAUAAAACCAGUUUCUCUAAAUAUUCCUUUGAUGUCUUAUGCGACACGGAGACAGCAGGUCCUCGAUGGACAGUUAUCCAGCAGCGAAUCAAUGGUAAAGAAGAUUUCAACAGGUCUUGGACAACAUACCGCGAAGGCUUUGGUUCCUUUGAUGGAGACUUCUUCUUGGGCUUGGAGAAGAUCCAUCGCUUGACGAGCUACAAACGCUUUGAACUCUAUGUAUAUCUGGAAUUUUUUGAUGGCGAAACACGAUAUGCGAGAUAUCAACAAUUUUCUGUUGCUGGCGAAAGCGAUGAAUACAAACUGAGCAUAAGUGGAUUCAGUGGCAAUGUCACAGAUAUCAUGUCAGAGUCUGACAAUAAUCAGAAAUUUACGACAUAUGAUCGUGAUAAUGAUGACUGGAAUGAUGGCAAUUGUGCAUUUGAAGACCUUGGUGGAUGGUGGUACAUUGGCGAAUGUGAAACGAGAAGCUUAAAUUCAAAGUACCAUAACAGUUUAUAUGACUGGAAAGCUGAUGGUUUAUCUUCGUUUAAUCCAGCCAAAAAUGUUAAAAUGCUUAUUCGCCCAACAUAAAUAAAGAAAUGAUGCAAAUUUAAGAUGAAUUGUACUUUGGAAUUGUAAAUGCAAUUGAAAAUGAACUCUCAAAUAAUUUAAUUGGCACUGUAAUUAUAACAAAUUUUUAUGAA